AACUGCUAUCAAAUAUUUGUGAAUGUUCGAAAGUGAUGCAAAUAAUAUAUUGAAUUUUCUACACGAUCAAAGUGAUGUUUACAUUUGCACGUGGAAAGACAGUGGAGUGUAACCCGCCGACAAUACGAUGAUACAAUUUAUAGAACUAUCAAUAGACAAGUUAUAUCCAAUUGUGUGAUAAAAUUUGCAAAUUCAAUGCUAUGACGUGCAUGUCAUUCAAAAAAGAACAAUUGAUAUAUUAUAUAGAAAUCUCUUACCGUUAUUAAUUAGCUAGCAUUGUCGGAGACUAGACAAGUCACCUCGCAAAACCUAAUUAAAACAUGAAUCUAUUCAAAAUAUACAUUAUACUAGUUAGUUCUUUCAUGACCGUACAACUCGAGUCCCUGAGAGAUGUGUUAGCAAAAGCAGAGUUAGAGAUCUACAUAGAAGAGAAGAAGUUAGAAAUCAACCCGAGACAUAAACUACACUACCACAUUACCCCACCAGUGGGCUGGAUGAACGCGCCCAACGGAUUUGUGUUCUUCAAAGGAGAGUACCACGUGUUCUACCAGUUCUACCCUUACGACACCCAGUGGGGACCGAUGCACUGGGGGCAUGUGACGAGCCGGAACCUCGUGGACUGGAGACACCAGCCGACAGCGCUCCUCCCCGGCAGAGAGCAGUGCUUCUCAGGAAGCGUCAUCGACAACGACGGCAUAUUGGCUGUGAUGUACACCGCUCACCAGAUCAGUGUCGAUCCGCCCUACUACAACGAGUCGCAGUACAUGGCCUUCAGCAUUGACGGGAUUGACUUCCACAAGUACAAAAAUAAUCCCGUCAUUGUAUCUUCGCCGUUCUCCUCCCCAGACUUCAGGGACCCCAAAAUAUGGAAACACGGCAACGUUUGGUAUACUGUUAUCGGCAGCAGGACGGACGAUCAUAGGGGAGCAGCACUACUGUACAGAUCGAUAAAUAUAAUUAACUGGGAAUUCGUUUCUACAUUAGCAGAGUCUAACGGGGAGUUAGGCUUCAUGUGGGAAUCUCCCGAUUUCUUUGAGUUGAAUGGAAAGCACGUUCUGCUUAUUUCCCCACAAGGAAUAGUUGCUCAGGGCGAUAGAUACAAGAACACCUAUCAGACCGGAUACAUCAUAGGGAACUUCAACUAUGAAAAUUUCGAGUUUACAGCUGAGGCAACAUUCCAAGAGCUGGAUUUCGGCCACGACUUUUACGGCACACAAACGACUGAAAAAGAUGGUAAGAGAUAUUUAAUUGCUUGGUUUGGUAUGUGGGAGUCCGCACACUCCGAGGAUGUCGACGGGUGGGCCGGCGCCAUGACACUAUUCAGGGAGCUCGACCUUGUUGGAACCAGAAUAAUAAUGAAGCCUGUAGAUGCGAUAACUAACCUUAGAAUGCAAACUAUAUCUGAAGGUGAACUUGCAAGAAAUUCUAGCAUACAAUUUGAGCAAACUGCUGAACUGAUUAUUAAUGUGGAUUUGAGUGAAAGGAUCGAAUUGGAAUUAAAAGGUAACGGUGUCGGUGGAGAUUGGGCUAUAGUGCGGUGGGAAGUGGACGAAGCGAAGAUGGUCCUGGAUAGAGCGGGAGACGUCAGACAAGUGGGGUGGGAGCCCCUGGACUCCAUGACCUGGAGGCUGUUCCUCGAUACUUGUUCACUAGAACUGUUCUGUGGUGAAGGGGAGGUAGUGUUCAGUACCAGAAUCUAUCCUAACGGCCAAUGGCGGGUCAAAAAUCUAGGUCCACAGCCCAUUCAUGUCGUUGCUUACAAAUUACGAAGAUCUUUCCCAGAGUAAAUGAAUGUUCAGUUUUGAUUGUUGGUGGUGAUAAUAACAAAACAACGUUUAGGUUCCUUGGAAAACAUGUGAGUUUACAAUUUAAUGUACUUAUUGUUAUAUUAAAUUAGAAUGUUGUGUUUAAUUUUUCUUUUAAAGCUUAAUAUGUCUACGGUUUAAGGUUUACUUAGGAUAAUCAUGUUAUGGUAAUAAACCAUGUUAUAGAACAUACUUUAACAAAGAUGCAGUUCACACAAUUUCAAUUUGGUGAACCUAAGGAGAUAUAUUCUGUUUUAUCAUACCUUUGAUAUAAAUAAAUACUUUUUCCUUAUCGAUUCCUCCUAAACCUCAAACGACUCAAACAAAUUAGACCAGGUAUACUACAUUAUGCACACGUGUUUAAUUUGGUCCAACAUAAAGCAAAGAAUGGCCUCAACUUUUAGUUGCAAGAUUAUUUUGUUUUAAAAUUAGUGCAAGAACGGAACGCAAUUUAUUUAUUCGAAUGCAAUAAUUUGACAAAAAAUCGCUGAACUGUAAAACUGUUUGUUGAUUGUUGUACAUACAUGAGGCUGGUACCAGAAGGUGUUAGUCGGGCGGUACCAGGAGAGCAGGUAGCAGUAAUACAUGGUACCAGGUGAGAACCACUCUCGUGUGUUACCGUUUUGAUAUUUUAUCUGCAUUAUUGUAGCUUACUAGGUGUUUGGAAGUUCACCGGGGCAACCAGUUUAAGAUAAUGUUAGUAUGUAUAACAAAAGGUUGCAUAUAUUUAAUACACUGUUACGAGGUUGUGACUCUUCUGACAUCUGAACGACGUUUUCUUAAAGAUAGAAUGUUCUGCGGAAUUUAAUUCAAAAACCUUUUAAGUAACCGACGACAAUCAUAACUUUAGUGUGUUUAUAUUUAGCCUUAAUAUCUGUAAACUAUCUAUUCUAGAUUGUUCACGAAAAACAUCUCUAUUGUGUGAAAACAACAGGAUUUGACGACGAAAAAGCAUAAUAUUUGCUUAAUUUCUAACUUGUACGACGUUAUUUUAUUAUGACAGGCAAUAAUAAUAUUAUUAUUUGA